GGUAACGACAUGGCGGCGACCAGCGCGAAAGCGGAAGCCAGCUGGAGUGCGUGAGGGGGGCGGACGCUAGCAGCCGGGGCUCGCGCGCAGAACAGCCAUUGUAUCCUAAAACAUGCAGUCUGCUUGGCAGAGAUUUGGAGUUUGUUCCUCAUGUCUGAAAAGGCAGCUAAAUGGCUUAAUUAAAUGGCAAAGGAGAUUGAUUCCAGGAUGGAUCAGAUCUAUUUACAGUGAGACGGGGAAGUGGGAAAGAGACUAUGGAUUGGAAACAAGAAAGAAAGUUGAGAAGUGGUGGCUUCCAAGAAUGAAGGAACAGUUUUGCAAAACUUCAGAAACAGAUAAAUCAAGACAAAAGUUUUAUGUGCUUUCAAUGUUCCCAUACCCUUCCGGAAAUCUGCACAUGGGCCAUGUUCGUGUCUAUACCAUCAGUGACACAAUAGCACGGUUCCAGAAAAUGAGAGGGAUGCAGGUGAUAAAUCCAAUGGGAUGGGAUGCAUUUGGGUUACCUGCAGAAAAUGCUGCAAUUGAAAAUGGGCUGCACCCAGCAAACUGGACACAAAGUAAUAUUAAACACAUGAGGGAGCAGCUUGAUGCACUAGGUCUGUCUUUCAGCUGGGAACGGGAAAUAACCACUUGUUUGCCAGAGUACUAUAAAUGGACACAGUACCUCUUUAUUAAGUUAUUUGAAGCUGGGUUAGCCUAUCAAAAGGAGGCCAUGGUUAAUUGGGACCCAGUGGAUCAGACUGUUCUAGCAAACGAACAGGUGGAUGAAAAUGGCUGUUCAUGGCGUUCAGGAGCAAAAGUGGAACAGAAGUACCUCAGACAGUGGUUUAUCAAAACUACUGUUUAUGCAAAGGCCAUGCUUGAUUCUUUGUCUGAUCUCCCUGAGUGGUAUGGUAUAAAGGAAAUGCAAGCAAACUGGAUAGGUGAUUGUGUUGGAUGUUAUCUUGACUUCGUGUUAAAGGUUAAUGGCAAAGAAACAGGAGAGAAGCUAGCUGCCUAUACCUAUACACCUGAAGCCAUUUAUGGAGCUUCCCACUUAUAUGUUUUACCUGAUCAUAGACUACUGCAUGGAAAUAGUAGUCUGAAGGAAGUGUUGCAGAGUGAGUUCAUCCCAGGCAAAGACUGUCUUACGUCAGUGACAGCAAUGAACUUACUUACCAAACAGGAGGUUCCUAUAGUCAUCUCUGCAAAAUCAGCUUUUGAGAACUAUAUUGAUACUAAAAUAGGAAUUCCUAGUACUAAUCCAGAAGAUGCUGCUGUUGCUCAGAAUCUGGGUCUCUCUUUCUCUGAAGUCAUUGAAACACUACCAGAUGGUUUGGAGACCCUCGUCAACUCUGGAGAGUUCACAGGCAUGACUAGGCAGGAAGCUUUAAAAGCCCUAACUCAGCAGGCCAAAAAUAAAGGAGUAGGUGGAAACCUAACAAGUGACAAGUUAAGAGAUUGGUUAAUAUCUCGACAGCGGUACUGGGGAACACCUAUUCCCAUAAUCCACUGCCAGACCUGUGGCACAGUCCCUGUGCCUUAUGAGGACUUACCUGUGGAGUUGCCCAAUAUAACCACCUUUACAGGAAAGGGAGCCUCCCCUCUAGAAACUGUCCCAGAGUGGAUAACCUGUUCAUGUCCAAGGUGCAAAGGACCUGCAAAGAGGGAAACAGACACCAUGGAUACAUUUGUUGAUUCAUCUUGGUAUUACCUGAGAUACACUGAUCCUCAUAACUCUGAUAGGCCUUUUAAUAAAGCCUUGGCCGACUACUGGAUGCCUGUGGAUUUGUACAUUGGGGGAAAGGAGCAUGCAGUUAUGCAUUUAUACUAUGCUAGAUUCUUGAGCCAUUUUUGCUAUGAUCAAAAGAUGACCAAACACAAGGAGCCUUUUUAUAAACUCUUGGUUCAAGGUCUUAUCAAGAGUCAGACAUAUAAACUAACAACAACAAGCCAAUAUCUGAAGAGAGAGGAAAUUGAUCUCACUGGGACUGAACCAGUUCACAUAAAAACCAAAGAGAAGCUGCAGGUUACAUGGGAAAAAAUGAGUAAAUCCAAGCAUAAUGGGAUAGAUCCUGAGGAAUUAGUAGAGCAGUAUGGCAUAGACACUAUGCGACUGUACAUCCUGUUUGCCGCGCCUCCAGAACAAGACAUCUUAUGGGAUGCAAAAACUGAUGCUGUCCCUGGUGUACGAAGAUGGCAGUCACGCCUUUGGACCCUAGCAACCAAAUUUAUAGAAGCCAGGACUUCCAGCACUGUGCCCAAUCCUCAGCUGUUGAACGAGAAGGAGAAGGCUGAAGCCAAAAAGAUCUGGGAGCGGAAGAACCUUGCGGUCUCUGAGGUAACAAGUUACUUCACAAAAGAUUACUUGUUUAAUGCUGCAAUCUCUCGACUGAUGGGCCUCACUAACGUACUCUCACAAGCCUCUCAACCUCUCAUUCUCCACAGUGCAGAAUUUGAAGAUGCUUUGGCUACUCUUUGUAUUAUGGUUGCACCUAUGGCCCCGCACAUAGCCUCAGAGCUAUGGAAAGGUUUGGCACAUGUGCAGAAUAAACUUUGUACGUAUCAUAAGUGGGAUGAUGAUGUGCUGCAUCAGUCCUGGCCCAAAGUGGACCCAGAAUACCUCCAGCAACCAGAUAUCAUAGAGAUGUCUGUUCUGAUCAAUAACAAAGCUUGUGGCAAAGUCAGUAUGCCUAGCCAAGUAGCCCGGAAUGCUGAGGAAGUCCAUGAACUAAUUCUUCAAAGUGAGCUGGGAAUCAAACACCUCCAGGGACGUCCUAUCAAAAAGGCCUUUCUGUCUCCAAGAACUGCCCUCAUCAACUUCCUAGUGCAAGAAUAAUGGGAAUAUGUGUUGUCUAAGGCUGCUAGCCUGUGUGUGGCUGAUGGAAUGCUUCAAAAUGAAGCCCAUUAAAAAUACCAAUUAUGCUUAUUUAAAUCUAUUUCACAAUGAAGAAAAAGGAAAA